GAGUCAUGUGGCACAAGUAACAUUACUGAGCACAAUUUAUAACACUAUCAUUUAAAGGAUAUUUAAAGGCUCUUGUUUAUUAUAUACAAGUGACGUAACAAACUCUGGUGCCAUUAUAACAUGGGAAGCAUCACAAACUCGCUGCUAGGAACAAGUCGUGUAGGACAGCCAAUCACACUCAGAAACCCCGCUCAGCUUACUUAUGAUUGGCUCCGCCAUUCCGACUGCCCCGCUAUUCUAGAAUCAUGCGCGAAAAUGAAUGACAAGUGGUUAAUAGGACUCCUCCCCAUGGGUACGUUUCCCUUACUGCGCAUGCCUCCGCACACUGUCGGAAGUCUGUGGGCCAAGGCGUUUGCCAUACAUAAUAUGGCUGCGCCCUUGAGGCUUCAGUUGGGUCGUGCAGUCACUUUUAAUGCUUUUAGACGCCGCAGUCUCUCCUAUUCCACCGCCCAGAGCGCAGCAGCGAUCCGUCGCGCUUUCCUUCGCUACUUCCAGGAGAAACAUGGGCACCGGCACGUCCCCUCCUCCUCAGUGCGACCCCGAGGGGAUACAAGUCUUCUAUUUGUCAAUGCCGGCAUGAACCAGUUCAAGCCAAUCUUCCUCGGAACAGCGGACCCCCGCAGCGACAUGGCACAGUACAGAAGGGUGGUCAACAGCCAAAAGUGUGUGCGUGCGGGGGGAAAGCACAACGAUCUGGAGGAUGUGGGCCGAGACGUGUAUCAUCACACCUUCUUUGAGAUGCUUGGGAACUGGUCCUUCGGGGAUUACUUUAAGGAAGAAGCUUGUUCUAUGGCCUGGCAGCUCCUAACCCAGGGUUAUGGAAUACCUGAAGAUCGGCUCUAUGUCACGUAUUUUGGGGGAGAACCAACACUGGGCCUGAGCGCAGACCAAGAGACCCAGGAGAUCUGGUUGAGUCUGGGCGUCCCCCCAGCUCGUUUACUGCCAUUUGGCCUGAAAGAGAACUUCUGGGAAAUGGGGGAGACUGGCCCCUGUGGACCCUGCACCGAGAUUCACUAUGACCACGUGGGAGGGCGGAAUGCAGCCUCAUUGGUCAACCAGGACAGCCCAGAUGUGGUAGAAAUUUGGAACUUGGUAUUCAUGCAGUAUAACCGGGAGUCUGACAGGAGUCUGAGGCUUCUUCCCCAGCAGCAUGUGGACACUGGCAUGGGACUGGAGCGACUGGUAACUGUCCUGCAGGGGAAACGCUCCAACUAUGAUACUGACCUGUUCUCUCCCAUCCUGGAGGCUAUUAUGAAGGGGUCUAGAGCCCCCCAAUAUCAGGGGCUGAUGGGAAAGGAAGACACAGAACAUACUGAUAUGGCGUAUCGGGUUGUAGCUGAUCACAUCAGGACCCUGUGCGUUUGUAUCGCUGAUGGCGUGUACCCCGGCAUGUCCGGUGCAGAACUCGUGUUACGUCGGAUCUUGCGCAGAGCAGUUCGAUUUUCCUCAGAGAUUCUCCGAGCCCCACCCCUCUUCCUGUCAUCGCUGGUGCCCUCGGUGGUCCAUGUUCUGGGGGAAGCAUUUCCAGAGCUGGAGAGAGAGAAAUCACAGAUAAUGAACAUCCUUAAUGAGAACGAAGAGGCAUUUCUGAUUUCCCUUCAGCAGGGGCGCCGCAUCAUAGACCGUACACUCCAGCAACAGGAGGAGCCUCAGACUUUCCCGGUGGGUGUGGCUUGGUCCCUGCACAGGAAUCUGGGCUUUCCUCUUGAUCUUAUUGGGUUGAUGCUGGAGGAGAGAGGGAUUUCCUUGGAUAAAGCAGCAAUGGACCAUUUGACAGUGGAAGAAGCAGAGAGGAAGAUGAGGAACCAGCAGGCAGAUGAAGCACAAACAGGGCUGGAGCUUGAUGUUCAUUCCAUGGCAGAGCUGCAGCGUAGAGGGGUACCCUGCACCAACGAUUCCCCAAAAUACAACUACACUCUGGCGGCAGAUGGCAAAUACGUGUUUGGGCCCUGCAGGGCCACAGUCCUCAUGUUGUACAAGGACCACUCUCUGCAUUCUGAGAUUGACAAAGGUCAGCGCUGUGGGGUCAUACUGGAUCAGACCUGUUUCUAUGCGGAGCAGGGGGGGCAGAGCUGUGAUCAGGGGUACUUUGUCCGUGAGGACCAGCAGGAGGCGCUGUUCCCAGUGGAGUCUGUACAGGUGGCAGGAGGGUACAUGUUACAUGAGGUAACAACUCCGGAGGUUCUGCGUGUAGGGGAUCAGUUAGUGCUGUACCUGGAUGAGGCCCAUCGCCUGGCAUGCAUGCAGAAACACACUGCCACGCACUUGCUAAACUAUACUCUGCACCAAGUCCUUGGGGAUAAAACCGUGCAGCGCGGCUCCCAUGUGACAGCAGAGCGACUGCGAUUUGAUGUCAGCGUCACGGCCCCGGUACAUGUGGAGCAGCUGCAGGAAGUGGAGCAAGUGCUGCAGGAUUUGAUUUCACAGGAUGAGGAAAUACACACGGCCCUUGUCCCUCUCACUGCUGCCAAAUGUGUCCGAGGGCUCAGAACGGUGGAUGAGGCAUACCCCAAUCCUGUGCGUGUGGUUUCGGUGGGCAUUCCUGUGGAUGUGGCAUUGAAGCCGGGCUCCCAGGCUGCGCUACAGACCUCGGUGGAGCUUUGCUGUGGAACGCACUUGCUGACAACUGGGGCCAUUCAAGAUGUGGUGAUUGUUAGUGAACGACCAUUGGCCAAAGGCAUCACUCGACUCAUUGCUAUUACUGGGGAGGAAGCCAAGCAGGCGCGGGAGACCGGACAGGAGUUGGUGAGGGCCGUAGAGUCCAUUACUGAGCGCAUGAAGACCAAACCACUGUCUCUUAAUGAAGGUUUCCAUCUCUCCAAGGAGGUGGGAAUCCUGACUGAUAGUGUGGACAGCGCCACCAUGCCCCAGUGGCAGAGGAAGGAACUGCAGGCCAAGUUGAAGGCGCUUCAGAGAAACGCUAACACAAACAUCCGCAAGCUGGAGGUCAAACAGGCUGCAGUGAUUGCCCAGGGGCUCCUGAAGAAGCACUCUCGCUGCUCUCUCAUUAUAGACAAGGUCUCGGUGGAGUCGCUAUCAAUGCUGGUAAAGGUGGUCAACCAGGUGUGCGAUGGGUCCCCGGGGGCCUCCGUCAUGCUCUUCAGUAAACAGGAUUCUGAAAAGGUUUUCUGCGCUUGCCAAGUACCAAAGGGAUCUGGGUCAGAACUCUCUGCAGCUGAAUGGGCCACAACUGUUUGCUCUGAAAUGGGAGGUAACGCAGGGGGCUCAGAUGUUGUAGCCAAGGGUACCGGGACCAUUGAUAGUCUGGACAGAGUGCUACAAACUGCCCAGAACUUUGCCCAGAAGCUGAACUGAAGUGGCAACUUGGAAAGUUGUGAGGUCAGAAGGCAGCUAACUGCUGCAGACUGCAAAGGUUCACCAAAGGAUCAGAAAGCUCUGCUGUGAGAAUACAGAACAGUAAUCCUUGUGGGAGGGCCUGGCCCGAGUGACACUGCUGACUGAGGUACUGAACUAUUCCUGACAGACUUCCUGGUCUCAUUAUCAUGGGAAACACUGGCACAUACCCCAAGAACUGACUUUUCAUUUACUGAGAAACUGGAGCAGGAAAGCUGUGCCUGGCAUUGUACCUGUGUGGAAUGGGAAGAAAAGGGGUACAGAAAGGCUGUGCCUGGGAUUGUACCCACUUGACAUGGUAAGGAAAGGGGCAGGGCCCAGUUGGAGAGUCUUCUAUGUUUAUGAGGGUUAUUCAGGCUCUGGGAGUACAGGAGUCACUGAUACAAAUAUAUUAAUGUAUUUUCCUUUAUCAAACUAAAUUCUGGUGUGGUUUCAUAACUGGGAAUUGCCCCUGGCUGUGGCAAUAAACAAUUUAUCUGACUGGAAUACAAAAGGUGUUGAAAGCCCCCCGUAUUUUUUUUGCAUAGAAUAGAGAUGCAUCUCACUGCAACCAGAGUGCUAAACAACAGAAGGGCACGUCAAUUAUCCCCUGGAAUAAUGCCCAGAUUGAUUCCGAAUGUGUGUAGCAUCCUUUGGGGCAGAAUUUUGCACCCCAUAAUUAGGGAUGCACCGAAUCCACUUUUUUGGAUUCGGCCGAACCCCCGAAUCCUUCGUGAAAGAUUCGGCCAAAUACCGAACCGAAUCCGAACCCUAAUUUGCAUAUGCAAAUUAGGGGUGGUAAGGGGAAAACAUUUUUUACUUCUUUGUUUUCUGACAAAAAGUCAUGCAAUUUCCCUCCCGUCCCUAAUUUGCAUAUGCAAAUUAGGAUUCGGUUUGGCUGGGCAGAAGGAUUCGGCCGAAUCCGAAUCCUGCUGAAAAAGGCCGAAUCCUGGCCGAAUCCCGAACCGAAUCCUGGAUUCAGUGCAUCCCUACCCAUAAUGCUCCCUUCUAUCAGUGUUCGAUGAACCCUGAGGACAGUUUCUGAAAAUAAAUAGCACAAGAUUUUUAAUAUUUUCCUCUCCUCCCAACAUGAAAAGUUCUGAUCCUCACCAGCUGAUUGUGUCUGCAUUUGUGCCGUUACCCUCUUUAUUGCCUUCUCCAGUGCCAUUAUUCUGAGACCCUGCAGGUUAGGUUCUUGGUGCAGGGUCUCCAGUCAGGAAAGCACUUGGAAAUAAUCAAUUUAGAGAUUGUGCGUAAAACUAGAAGCAAUAAGAGCCUAUUUCUUGGAAUUACAUGGAUGUAGAAUCCAGUAAAUAACCCCAGACCCUUAUAUGCCCUCCUGCAUCUGUUACCUUCACUUUCACUUUAUCACCUGUGGGUACAAAUGUGGUGCCCUCCCUUUCCCAGCGCUCUAACAUCCAAUCUCAUUAAGUAUUGAGCUUUGGUUUCAGUGCCGAUAGGAGAAAUCUAGUUACUGUCCAGACAAGCUCCUCUCCAAGCAAUAAAAACAAAUGUUUUGAUAUAUAUAUUUAUUUCUGGGUGCUAUUUAAGGAAUUAAAGGAAACAGUUGCAAAAA